CUCAUAACAAAAACAAACCAACAUGUCCACCUACGCUGUCUUCCUCCUCUGCGUCCAAGCUUGCUUGGUUCAGAAUGCAUACAGCACUUGCCUUGGCGCAUAUGGGCCAGGUCUCGGCUGGGAAGGUUACGGACUAGGUCUCGGUUAUACUGGGCCUGCUGCUGGUGGCUGCGGUGCUGGUCUCGCUACCGGUUGUCCUGGUUAUGCUGCUUAUGGUGGUGCAGGCGUUGGUGAUGUCGCUGUCGCCGGUGAGAUGGGCGUUGCUGGUACCACCUUAGUUGCUGGUCAGGUGCCAAUCCUAGGUGCUGUUGAAUUUGGAGGCAUCGUGCCAGCCGGUGGUGCUGUCUCUAUUACUGGCAGCUGCGGUUGCGGUUGCAACGGUGCUUAUAUUUACUGAGAAAAUUUUAACAUCUGGAAAAUUUUGAAAUAGAACAAAUAAACAUACU